UGUCCUAUUCCAUCCAAUCGGAAAACAGGCGAGUUUGAUCAAACUCCAUGAGUCCAUGGCUGCGGUGGACUACCCAGACUCCCUAUUUUGCAACCGUAAAACAGUGUCAGCCACUCGGAAGCUUUUGCAAUGGAAGAUACAGCCACUAACAGCACUCAUUUGUCGUCGAAGAACAAAGAGAAGGAUGCCAAAUUAAGGUUUCACAAUUGCCCCGGCUGCAAAAUCGACCGUCUUAAAGAAGAACGAACCGGGUUGCCCUAUGCACACCUUUCUUAUAUCUGGCUCGUUUCCCUCUGCACCGCUCUGCCAAUUUCUUCUCUCUACCCGUUCAUUUACUUCAUGAUUAGAGACUUUAAUAUUGCAAGUCAAGAGGAAGAUAUUGGUUACUAUGCUGGAUUUGUGGGUUCUUCAUUCAUGAUUGGAAGAGCCUUGACUUCUCUGUUUUGGGGAGUGCUUGCUGAUAGAUAUGGAAGAAAGCCUAUAAUACUAAUUGGCACAUUUUCAGUGUUCAUUUUCAACACGAUGUUUGGACUCAGUUCAUCCUUCUGGAUGGCAAUUUCUUCAAGAUUUCUCCUUGGAUGUUUUAACAGUCUACUAGGAACAAUACGGACAUAUGCUUCUGAAGUCUGCCAUGAGGAAUACCAAGCUUUAGCAUUAUCAAUUGUGAGUACUUCUCGAGGAAUUGGCUUAAUUAUUGGUCCUGCUAUUGGAGGUUUCUUUGCACAGCCUGCUGAGAAAUACCCACAGUUUUUUUCUGAAAACUCUUUGUUUGGAAGGUUUCCAUACUUUUUACCAUGUCUUAUUAUAUCCAUCUACUCAUUGGCUGUAUUUAUUUCUAGCUGGUGGCUUCCUGAAACACUGCACAAACAUCGCAAUGAAUUAGAAGUAGAAGCUUCUGAAAGUUUACUUGGUCAAAAUGAGGUCAAAGCAGAAAAGAUGUCUUCAUUUGCUUUGUUGAAAAAUUGGCCAUUAAUGUCUACAAUCAUUGUGUAUUGUGUGUUUUCACUUCAGGAAAUAGCUUAUACAGAGAUAUUUUCUUUGUGGGCAGUUAGUGACAAAAGUUAUGGAGGGCUUAGUUUUUCAUCUCAAGAUGUUGGUGAGAUUCUUGCUAUUUCAGGUUUUGGGCUUUUAUUGUUCCAGCUUCUACUAUAUCCAUUAAUCGAGAAACUUCUGGGCCCACUCACUGUCACACGCCUUUCAGCUGUUAUAUCAAUACCUAUUUUAUCAACUUAUCCUUACAUAGCAACGCUUUCAGGGUUUUCUCUUCUUCUAGCUGUCAAUUGCGUAUCAUUAAUGAGGAAUUUUUUAUCAGUGUCGCUAGUGACUGGGUUAUUCAUUUUGUUAAAUAAAUCUGUCGGCCAACAUGAGCGAGGAGCUGCUAAUGGCAUUUCAAUGACAGCCAUGUCUGUCUCUAAAGCAUUUGGUCCAGCUGGCGCAGGAGCACUCUUUUCUUUUGCACAAAAACGUCAAGUUGCUGCUAUACUACCAGGUGAUCAACUGGUAUUCUUUUCAUUGAACAUCCUUCAGUUUGUCGGGCUGGUUUUAACCUUCAAGCCUUUCAUGGCGCAACCCAAUGCAUAGAACACAAGAUAGAUAUUUGUACAUUCAUUAAUGCCCUUAUUAUUAUUAUUAUUAUACAGUAUAAAAAAGAAAAAGAUGUGAGAAUCCAUAAGGAAGGUUUUCAGGUUCAAAUACUUAUUCUUGUAAAAUAUUAACUUAGUGGAAUUUAAAUCAUGCUUUAUCAUA